AUGAACAACCUCCUGCUCGCCGCUCUGGCGAGCUCCGCUUCAGCAGUGCGUCUCUUUGCGACCAAUUACGCCCCGCCGAACAGUGCUUUGGGAUCCAUCACCACCUUGGACUUUGCGCCUGGUCUGGGCUAUGGUGACAACUCGGCCACCCUCAAGCCCGUAUCCGCCAACCAAGAGUGCGGCAGCGCGCCCACAUGGUUAGACCGGACUCAGGGCGGCGACCUCAUCUACUGCGUCGACGAGGGCUGGCAGACUCCCAAAGCUUCCCUCAACACCUUGAGAAUCAGCCCCGAUGGCAGUCUCAAGCGCAUCGCCCAGCUCGACACCGUCCAAGGCCCCGUGUCCACCCAGUUCUACAACAAGGGCGCCGCCGUUGCCAUGGCCCACUACGGCGGCUCAGCCAUCACCACAUACAAACUGAGUGCUGACAAGACAACCUUCACUCCGCUCGAGGUGUUCACAUUCUCCACUCCCCCCGGCCCCCGUCCGGAACAGGAGGCGUCUCAUCCCCAUCACGCCGUCCUCGACCCGACGGGCAGGUUCCUCAUCUUCCCGGACCUUGGCUCGGACGUCGUCCGCGUCUACGGCAUCGACCCCAAGACGUCCCUGCUCAAGGAGCACGAAUCCCUCAAGGCCAAGCCCGCCUACGGCCCCCGCCACGCCGUCUUCUGGUCCCCCGGGCGCAAAAACACAAACACGACGACCUUCCUCUUCGUCGUCAACGAGCUCAGCAACCGCCUCACCAGCUACCGCGUCACGUACCCGCGCGACGGCGCCGGCGGCCUCGGCUUCACCGAGCUCCAAGACGUCGGCCUCUACGGCGACCGCACCACCCCCCCGGGCUCCCGCGCCGCAGAGAUCGCAGUCUCCCCGGACAACGAGUUCAUCGUCACCAGCAACCGCAACGCCACCGUCUUCACCAUCGCCAACCCGGAUCCCAAGAACGCGACCAAGAUCGGUAGUGAUAGCUUGACUGUCUUCAAGCCCGCUGCCGACGGCAGGGUGCGCUUCGUCCAGCUGGCGCCCUCGGGCGGCUCGUUCCCUAGGCACUUCAGCUUCAACAGGGAUGGCACGCUUGUUGCUGUCGGGAACCAGAAUAGCUUCACGGUGGAUAUCUGGCGGCGGAAUCCGAGGUCCGGGAAGUUGGGGGAGAGGGUCGCGUCGGCUGUUGGUCUGCCCGGUCAGGUCAACAAUGUCGUUUGGGAUGAGAAAUAG